UUGGAGAGGAUUGACUUACUUCGGGUUCUGCGUGAGGAAGUCGCUCCGCAUCCAGCACUGGAGGCACGUCCCCCCCCCCUAGCACUGGUGCGAGCGCUCUCUAGACGCGCCAGCCUGGUGGCAGCCCGCCAGACAUGGAAUAAACUACUUGUAUUGGGCGUGUGCAAAGAGAGCUCGCUGAAACCCGAUUACAUCACAUUGCUCAUGCGGUUCAAAAUUGCGAAAAGUGGCCCUCCGCAUCGUCGGCAAGCGUUUUUUCCCAAAGUAGGCAGCUUUCACACCGCUUCCUUCCGUGAGGCGCAUCGUGUUCCGCCCACUAUGGGUGAACGCCGACGAUGCUUCCAGCGACUCUGGUUCCCGCAGGUCAACGCCCGCUCCGCCGCCGGCCCAUCAAAGGGUGGCAACUUCACCUGCACACCAACUGCUCAAGCGGCACCUUCACCGGCCUCUUCCACCCCCGUAGAUCUCUCUGCACCCAUUAGACUUAAGCGAGGCCCCAAGAUUUCUCAAUGGGACGAAGAACUCCGCAAGCAGACGCCUCCACCUACAUGUACGCCUGUUAGGAGUAGACUUGACGAUACUCUUUCCGAAACUUAUGAAAAGGAAAAAAAAUGUGGAUUAUCAGCGGCUAAGGGAAAAAGUCCAAGUUCGGCACUACCGUUUGAGACUCCGCGUAGUAAGAGUUCAACAGUAUUACCCGAGCUCUACGACGAACCACCGCCCCAAGGUCAUCGACAGUUUUGUGACGAAUUCUUCAUCAUCUCGACAACAAAAAAGUAUCAGACCCGCACCCAAUCCAGUCACUUACCACAAAUCCUAUUACCACCUGACCCCCUACUUGUUGGGAAUCACUAUCCAAACAAAAUCUACAAUUACGAGGCAGCCAUGAAAGGUGAUAGCGAGAACACGAAUCCGUUUUACGGAUCUUCCCGUGGCCUGGGCCAAUUUGUGGACACGAGGGGGGUCUCGUGUGGUGGGCUCGACCCUAAAGGCGCGAUCGGCCAUUACCCACGAAAACCUCCAAUGCCCACUCACUGUUUCGUCAUGAGUCGAAGUCCGGUUGACUGGGGAGGACCCAUUGCUCCGGGCUUCAUCUUGUCGAGUUGGAGUGCUUAUGGAAAGCAACUGGCCAGAAUGUUGAAGAAGCAUUCUUGGAGACUGCAAAAAAAAAAUUAUAUCAGUAGCAUUCAAGAUGGUCGAUUAGAUCUGAAUUUGCGGCCGAGUCGGGUGUACAACACAAACCUGCAUGGGGGCCCCCUCUACAGGACGCCCACUGGCCCGCGCCUCCGGCUAAGAAAGAACGACAACUGCGCCUGCUAA